UUUUUUGGGUGCAUCGAUCGAUGCCUUCUUUGUGCAAUUAUGUGAUUUAAAAUCUAAAAAUUUGGAUUUUAUUGUAUAUUAAAUUUUGUCGCCCUGUUUCUAGAAGCUUCGUUACCAAAUUGCCAUGCCUCAAAGUUCUUUUACAUUUUUCUUGUUCAUUACACUCUCCAAAAUCCGAUCUUUUUCUUUUAAAUCUCUGCGUAAGAAUUUUAUUUUUAAAAAAUAUUUUGAGAAAACAUGGUAAAGGCCCUCUUUAUAGGGCGAAACUAUUUUAUCUUUUUUUUUUUGGUAAAUUAUUUGGUCUUUGAAGUAGAAGGUGCCCUCCAAUGGAGUUUCUUGGAAAAAAAAACAAAAAAUCCUUAUUUUUUGCAAUUUUUUUUUUAAAAAAGGACCUCCUCUCUAACCCUCAUUGACUAUUCUUCGGUUUCUUGAACGUGUAUUCUUACCCAAAGAUUUGUUUUGUUUUUUUAAUUCUUGCUAGAAUGCAUAUAGUUUUUAAUUUUGUAUGGAAUGAUUAGUAAAUUAAUUAUGCUUAAUUUAAUAAUUAGCCUAUACUCUUUUCGUUGGUUGGUACGUUGUUUUAGUAGACUUAGUACUGCUCCUCACCUUUAAUUACUCCACAGUACUCCUUUUAUAAAAAUAAUAAACAAGCAUAAACCAAAUGCUUUGAGAAUAGGCUUUUGGAUUUUAUUUGGAUAUUUGUAGAUUCUCAUAUAUGAAAAGUGAUAAACGUGUUGCUACCUCUUUACAGAGUAUAAAGGUCACAAUGGAGCAUUAGAUUUAGUUGGGGCCAUUGUUGCCUAAUUAACUACUUGUUUGAGAUAUUCCCUUCGUAUUAUUGAUCUUUUCCGAAUAUGCCAAACCUUAGUUAGUGCCCUGUGUCUCCAUUAUGGCUUUUUCUUAAUAUAUGUUUCAUUAUCAUUGGUGUGCUUGUUUUACCGAAUUAUUGCCUAAUCUAUUCAUUGUGCAAAGAUAUUUCCAUAUUAAUUUCCGAAUACUAGCAUUUUUUUUUAUAGAUUAGUAAAUAGUUUCGUGCAUUGUCUUUACCUUGAUAUUUAUAGAACUUAGUAAUGCGAACAGUCGUGUUAUAUUCAUACACGCAGAAUAAAUUUAGAUUACAUGCAUUUGUAAAUACAUUUACGUAAACGUAACUCGAUCAUCUGAACACUUCACAUUAAGUGUUUAAUUUGUUUGCUCGCAAGGCAAUUUGUAUCUCAUACAUUUGUUGAGAUCUGGGGGAGACGGUGAAAUUGAAUUAGUUUCUCCUGUUCCAGUUGCUGUCCCCUUCUGCACAAGACAAAGUCUGCAACUUUUUUCGGCAGAAGUUUUUACUGAGGAAUCAUAAUUUUUCGAUGAAGAUUAGAGAGUUAGGGUGCUUAUAAAUAAAUAAAAAUCUGACUUAAGAUUAAAUGUUACUAAUCUUUUCCUGCAUCUGCAUAUUUCAUGGAUUCUUGAAGUCAAAUAGCGUAGCAGGUGGUCCCCCACGGCGCCCACCCCCCAUCUUUGUCAUCGAGGAGCUGGCAUUGCUUGGUCUUAGCCGUCUGAUUUUCCUGCGAUAGUAUUUUAUUAUUAUAAAAGCCGUCCCUCUUGCCUUUAUCCUUGCGCUAGCAAUCGGAUAGGCUUUGCGGGUGGUGUAGUGGCGUCAUAUUAUAUGAAUAAUAAUGCCAUUGACUGUGGGUUUUGAUUUGUCGGAUCAGUUCAUUAUCAUUUUUUCGGCGAUUUCUUAUCUUCUUGUUAUGGAUUAGGACAUGCAGGGUCCCAAAUAAGUCUACUUUUUCAGGAGCGCUUUGAUAGAAAUUUGUGAAAGGUGGAUAGCCAUGUGCUUGUGUUUUGGCUGUGAGACUUCAUACAAACCAAUAGCCAAAGAAAAGAGAGCAAUCUGAGCUAGAUGGAUCCUCAGGCAGAUGAGGAACCGAUAAAGAAGAGCAGCGCGGACGCCAGCGCCGGUCCGGCCGCGUCCAAUGGUUGCUUCGACUGCAACAUCUGCCUGGACUUCGCCGCCGACCCGGUGGUCACCCUCUGCGGCCAUCUCUACUGCUGGCCGUGCAUCUACAAGUGGCUGCAGCAGGUCGAGAGCAGCGCAGCCGCCGCCCCGCAGCCGCAGUGCCCCGUCUGCAAGGCGGGCCUCUCCGAGGAGACCCUCGUGCCACUCUACGGCCGCGGCCACAGCUCCAAGAAACGCCACCAGAAGGACGUGCUCAGCAUCCCGUCCCGUCCAUCCGUGCACCGUGAGUCCGUCGAGUACCACACCCCGCGAGCGGAGGAUACGCCUUCGCCGCCGCUGCCGCCGCUGCCGCAGCAGCAGUAUUACGAGCACACUCCCUACUACGGCGGCGGCGCCGGUUUCGAUUACCUGAGCCCGUCGUCGCCGAUGGGGACGCGGGUGAUCCAGUCGACAGCGGGGGGAGUGCUGGGGGGGAUGGCGGUGGCGGUGCUCCCGUGGGUGCUGGGCAGCCAGGUGCCGGCGGCAGGAAUGUACCACCCGAACCCGUACUACGUGGCCGGGAACGGCGGGAGCCCGCGACGGAGGCGGCAGGAGAUGGAGGUGGCGAGGUCGCUUCACCAGAUCUGGUUCUUCCUCUUCGUGUUUGCGGUUCUGUGCCUGCUCUUGUUCUGAGAAAGAGGCGCGUGCAGUUGCUGAGACCUUCUGUAGAUAAUCAAGUUUAUAAAUACCAACAAUCACUAUGCUCGAGAUAUGAAUUGCUGCGCUAAAUAAGCGGAUCCAAUACGUAGAUGAUUUUUCCUGUAUUGUAAAAGUGAGUUUAUUAGUUGUAAAAAAAAAAAAAGAAAACAAAUCGCCAUGUAAGACAGAUUUCCUGCAGCCUGUGGGUGUGUGAAUGUGCUAAUCUGGGUGUCUAUUUUGCUGAAAAA